AUGUUCCUCACUAUUUUCGUCACUACACCGGUCGUUUAUUCUCAAUUCAACUUCGCCGACUGGCAUUGCCUAGAUGUUGGCAACUACACAACCAUUAGCACAUACCAACACAAUAUCAAUACUCUUCUUCCUAAACUCGCGAACCAAGCCUUAACCUCAGGUUUCGGCCACUCUUCCAUUGGUAAAGGAAGCGACAAAAUAUACGCGCUUUACAAUUGCAGGGGUGAUCUCGACAAACAACAAUGCCAUGACUGUGUGAAGCAAGCAUCACAGGAGAUCAUCGAGAGAUGUCCAACUCAGAAAGAGUCAAUUGUAUGGUUAGAAGAAUGCAUGGUUCGGUAUGCAAAUCGCUCAUUAUACUCCCUCGAAGAAGAGAUUCCUUACACUUGGGGUUUUUCUACUACAAUCGAUGACAACCCUACUCCAGAAUUGUACCCCAUUGUUGCGGAGAAUAUACAAGGUUUGAUACAGGAAGCAGCCUAUAACAAAUCAACAGGAGGUUACGCGACAGGCGUAGUUAAUAUUGCUGUCCUUGACGAGUUAUAUAUACUUGUGCAAUGCACUCCUGAUAUUCUAGGAAGUCGAUGUGAAAGAUGUUUACGAGAAGCAUUUAAGUCGAUGGCUGAGUAUUCUGAUUGGGCGAAGAGUACUCCUUUGAUGAUGUUCUACCCAAGUUGUCAUAUUCGAUAUGAUCGUGAACCGGUUCUGCUAAACUGGGGCUGUCCUUCAUUGUCCAUUUUAGCUUCUUCUCAUUCUAAUUAA